AUGGGUUACAAGAUAAUUCAAAGCAUUAGAAUCUCCCUUGAAAUAUGUGGUCAACUAUUUUUUUUGUUUGUUUACUUCUGGUCCGGCUUCUCCUACAACAACAUGGGUUGUGGUGUUUCAAGGCCGGAGACAGAUGGAGGAGAAGGAGGAGAUUUAAAGAUUAUAUCUCGUCGAGGAGGAUCUACCGGUAAAAACAGCGAAACUGCUGAGAGCAUCAUAUUGGAUCAAGAAAUGUCUACACAUAGCAAAAUAUCCAAAACUUGUGGUGAAAAGACGAGUAGAGAGGAGGAAUAUGAAUGUAAAGAUGAAGAAGAGAAAGGAGACGGGCGAACAAUCUCACUUGAAGCUCCGAGUUUUCGUAUUUAUUGCGUUUACCCUAGAGACCCUAAUGAUGACUGCAACCUCGUUGAUGAUCCGCAACGGAACAAGUGCAUAUCAGUCGAAAACAAGAGAGGGAGGAGACAAGAAGCAGUGAGUUUGAAAAUAAAAAGAAGGUUUAACAAUGUCAGGAAGUUUCUAAACCAUCCUCCAAGUGCAACUCUACCUUCCUCCGCAUCUUCGUCGAAAUGUCGACUUAGAGUUUCGGAUUAAAGUAUUUUCGUCUAAUUUAAUGGAGUUUUCGUUCUUCAAUAUAACAAAACAUGAGGUUUAGACUGAAAAUAUGGAGGAAAUACUCUUCGUUUUCUCUUUAGCAUUAUGCAUAUUUGAAACCGAUGAUGACACAUCAACAUUGAACUAACACAAACUAUAAGGUUACAUAUGCACAUUUUAUUGAUCGCAAAAGAGGAAUUGGUCGGACCAAGAUUUUCUAUACCUUAUAUUAGAUGAAAACCAAGAAGACAAAAUAAGCCGGGGC